AUGCUCACGCGAGCUGUUCGCCGGAGGCAAGACCUUCGAUUCACACAGCUAGCCUCAGCUGCUCCUUCUUCUCGUAUCCUCGAUCCAAAGAACGAAUAUGACACUUUCAACGCUCAGAAAUCGUCGUCUCCACCGCCAUACUCUCUACCUUCUCUUGCUCCCGAUUUGUCAAAGAUCAUCAUGAUUGACCACACGAUCGCGUCCGCUCCUCCUUCGAUGGACGCGACAAGGUCUAAAGACUAUGUCAGAGGAAACAUCUGGGAGGUCGAGGUUACUCUGGAGGCUUGUUUGCAAAUACACCGUUGGGACCGGGCGAUAACGAUACUGGCUCAAUUAAGAGCCCUCUACGCUGGAAACGAGCCUGAGCUGCAAAGACUAUACAACAAAGUCCUCCAAGCCAUGGUCUUUGAUCACAUUUGGAACCGAUCCUCUGACAACAUUGACAGAAUUAACGGCUGGGUCGAGAACCACAUGAAGAAAGCCAAUGUCUCUCCCAACGCUCAAACCUUUGCCCUCAAAAUAAAAGCUGCAAUGGCCACACUAGAGGGUCGAAGAAGAGAUCGUACUGUUCGACGCUACUGGGACAUGGCCAAAGAGUACAACGUCGACUGGGAGGUUGCCAGCCUGCGAGAGAUUUUGUCCGAUGGUGAUCUGGGAAAGCUCAGCGAGAUUUCGCCUCUUGAGCUAGACGCUGAUAUGGCCGACAAUGCGGCCUUGGACGAUGAAGAUUUGCUUGUUCACGAUGAUGUUCUGUCGGAACCAGCCUUGCCGUCUGUACGAGAAACUGUUCAAAAAGGUUUCGGUAUGCCAUCGUUACAAAAGUCUCUAUCUCUCUUUAAUGACUAUGAUCACCUCGCCGAAUGGGAAAAUCUCAAAACUGCCGAUGCUGAAGUUCGUCAAGCUUAUGCCCGACAACGUCAAACACGACUUGAGCGCGAUGCUCUUGCCGCUGCUACCGAUAGAUGGAAAGUCGAACACGAUAAUCUGACUAAAAUGGGUGUUGCUCCUGCCAUGACUCACGGCAAGGUUGGCUCUUUGAUGUGGACAUGGCACGAGAAGCUAGCAGAAAGCAUCAAGGCUGAACUUGAAAGAGUGACAGAAGCCGAACAGAUGCAGGGUGGCCGACUUUCCGAAGAGAUACGUCUUAGGACAGAGUAUGGUCCUCUCUUGCGCUUGCUCGAACCCAACAUCUUGGCUGCCCUUACUUGCACAUCCACCAUCACCUUCAUGAAUAGACUUGGGUUGGAUGAUCCUGUUAAGCUCGCUCGCCUUGUCGUUGAGGUUGGCCACGCAAUCGAAAACGAGAUUAAUGUUCAAUAUAAAGCGCAGAAAGAAAAGCUGAGACAAGCUCGACUCUCCAGCGACAACAAACCUUCGCGCGGCCCUCGAGACUAUCUCGCUGAACUCGAUGAAAUCCCGCCCCGAAUUGCAUGGUCCAGCACUCAGGCUGCGAAGGUUGGUUCUAUUCUCCUGGAGAUGUUGUUCGAUGUAGCUAAAUUGAAUAUCGUGCAUCGAGAUGCCGAGGGGCGCAAAACUAUCUUCCAGACUGACGCUUUCGAGAGAUCCUCUCGGAAUGUGAACGGAAAGUGGGCUGGUGUGGUUCUUUUGCAUUCGGCUUUCGUUGAAAUGUUGUCGAAGGAGCCCGUAGCAGAUUUAUUGGUGAAGCAACUGCCUAUGGUUUGUGAACCAAGGCCCUGGACUGGGUACAACGAUGGCGGAUACCUGGUAAGCGAGACCAAUGUAAUUCGAGUCAAAAGCGCCGAUGUUGCUCAGAAAGAAUACGCUUCAGCUGCAGCACAACGUGGCGAUCUCGAUCUACUGUUCAAAGGUCUCGAUGUUCUUGGUCAGACUGGUUGGCGUGUCAAUCACGACGUCUUCAAAGUUAUGCUUGAGGCCUGGAACACAGGCCAAGCUGUUGCAAACUUAGCACCACUUAUAGAUGAGAGCGUUAAUGGCCCCGAAAUGCCAGAGAACGCCUCGCCCAGGGAGCGAUACGAUCACUAUCGACGUGUCGAGGCAUACAAGAAUAUGCAAAGUGGCUUGCAUUCAAAUCGGUGUUUUCAGAAUUUUCAGAUGGAAAUCGCUCGCGCAUUCCGCAAUGAGACUUUCUACCUUCCACACAAUGUUGAUUUCCGAGGAAGAGCGUAUCCUAUUCCGCCAUAUCUUAAUCAAAUGGGUGCAGACAAUGCUCGAGGCCUGCUUCUGUUCUCUGAGGGGAAGCAGCUUGGUGCCCACGGGUUCAAAUGGCUCAAAGUACAUCUAGCUAACGUCUGCGGUUAUGACAAAGCUAGUUUGACAGAUCGAGCACAGUAUGCUGAUGCUCACAUGGAUGACAUUCGUGAUUCUGUCGAGAACCCACAUUCUGGGAGGAGGUGGUGGCUUUCGGCAGAGGAUCCUUGGCAGUGCUUAGCCACUUGUCAUGAAAUCGUGAAAGCCAUUGACUCUGGCAAUCCAGAAACCUUCGUGUCUCAUCUACCAAUCCAUCAAGACGGGACCUGCAACGGCUUGCAACACUAUGCUGCUUUAGGUGGCGAUAUCGCAGGUGCUCGUCAAGUCAAUCUCGAACCUGGAGACAGACCUGCAGACGUCUAUACAGGCGUAGCAGAAUUGGUCAAGGCCGAAAUAAAAAAGGAUGCAGAAGCAGGUAACUCCUUGGCAAUCGAGUUAGACGGCAAGAUUACUAGAAAGAUCGUCAAGCAAACUGUUAUGACCAAUGUGUAUGGUGUGACUUUUGAGGGUGCUCGGCUUCAGGUUAAGAAACAACUUGACGAUGCUUUGCCGGAACUGAAGCAGAAAAAGUUAGCAAUGUCUGCAUCGACGUAUGUCGCCAAGAAGAUCUUCAAAGGUCUUGGCUCUCUCUUUGAAGGUGCUCACGACAUUCAAUAUUGGUUCGGAGAUUGUGCGAAUCGCAUCACCAGCUCCAUCUCACCAGCACAGCUUGAAGAGCUAUCGGGACCGCAACAGACUGGACCUAAGUUUGACAAGCGGAAGAGAUCACGGACAAUACCUCUCGCUGAACGUGCAAUGAUUGAGCCUCGAGACUUUCGAUCAACAGUCGUCUGGACCACACCAUUGAAGCUGCCAAUCGCUCAACCAUAUCGCAUACCCAAUAUGCAGCCUAUAAACACACAUUUGGCUCAGAUUAUCUUGCACGAACCCAAUAUCACAGAAUCUGUCGACAAGCGGAAGCAGCUUCAAGGCUUCCCUCCUAACUUCAUUCACUCCUUGGACGCAACUCAUAUGAUGCUCUCAGCAAUUGAGGCACACGAGCGCGGCUUGACCUUUUCGGCCGUGCAUGAUAGUUUCUGGACUCACGCUGCGGAUGUUGACAUUCUUAGCUCUUUACUUAGAGAUGCUUUCAUUCGUAUGCAUUCCGAAGACAUUAUCGGUCGACUUGCUGAAGAGUUCAAGCUUCGCUACAAGGGUCAUCUUCGUCUUGCCAAAAUCAAACUGAAUAGUCCUCUUGCAAAGGCCAUCAAAUCAUGGCGGUCAAACAACAGGACUAAAAUAGCCAAAACGUCAUCCGUUAAGAAGGGAAAAGUGAAUAACGCAGAGAAACACCAGCAGUACUGGGAGCUCGCGCAGGAAUACAACAGACAGAAGCUCCUGACCUCGGACAAUCCGGAAGACGUGGCUAAGGGUAGAAGGAUAGUCACCCCUGCAAGUCUCUUCGAGCAGGAUGAUGGCGAAAAAUAUUUGAAGGCAUCGGCCUCCCUCGGUGAAAGUGCCACACACAAGGUUCCCGAAAGCCAACAAGAUCCUAGCUCUUCGGCAGUAAAAGAAGCUCUGAGCAACGACGAGAUCGACGAAUCACACGACGUCGACAUGAUCUCAACACUGGAACCUAUACUGGAUGGCGCGGAGAAACCAAACCCAAGUCCUGUUACCGAAGCAGAAUCCGCGAAGAAGAAGACACCGGAGAAAUUCCUAUGGUUAUGGUUACCACUGACAUUCAAGCCUGUUCCUCAAAAAGGCGAUUGGGACGUGCGAAGGCUGAAAGACAGUGUAUACUUUUUCUCAUGA